GCAAAAGGCAGAGUCGAGCCUCGCUUCCUCCCCAAGAGCGCCUUUUUUUUUUUUUGGGCAGCGAAGCGAAGGCGGCGGAGAAGAGGAAGCCCAGGUCGGCUUUCGUCGGGUUCCUUUGAAAAAAAACGCGGCUUGCUUCACGGACGGCGAGAGGAUGAGGGUCAGCGCGAUCGCGGGGCUGAGCGCCUUGGUCUUUUGCUUCCAAGCGGUCUUAGCGCAAUCAAUGGACACCAGUCUACCCCCUGAAGACCAGGAUUCAUCUGGAGAUGAUGAUGAUUCAUUUUCUGGUUUAUCAUCUGGUAUAGGUUCUUCGAUAGAGGAUGAAGUGAUUGUCUCCAAUCUUCCAUUACAAGAAAGCACAAAUACCUCUCUGAUGCCUGAGGUUUCUACCAGCUUGAGAGAUAUCCAGACAAAGGUUCAAGUUACAGAUAGUCCUGUGGAAGAUUAUUCAAGUGCACCUGUCUCUAUAGCAAGUAUACCUGGGUUUCCAGAUACUGCUGUCGCAUCCAAGGAGCCACCAGUAACUCUUGAAGAGUUAGACUCAACUACGGAGCCAGACACAACAAAACCUACUGUAUUGACGACAAGCAUCCCAAUAGCGCAUCAUGUUUCCACAGCCAGAAUUACGACUUCUCGUGCUGCUAGCACAGUCAAAUUCAUUGAUAUUCAUGACAUGUCUAAUAUUGAUGAAACACGCUCAUUUGGCAUUGUGCCAGAAAAUGAGAGAAAUUUGAAUAGUGUCCUACCCACUAUGGUGUCUUCUACUGCUCUAAUGGAAAGCUCUCCUCUGCCUGAAAAUGAUAUCUUCCAGGAAUAUGGUUCUGGUGGUCAGGAAGAUUUUAUAUUUUCAACACACGAGGAAAAUCAAAUAAAUGUAAAGGACCUUGAAGCAGAAAAUAGAAUGAUUGAUUCAGAAACAAAGAAUGCAAAAUCUGAAGGAUUAAUGGACAGGAAAGAAGUACUAGGAGGAGUCAUCGCUGGUGGACUCGUUGGCUUACUAUUUGCUGGAUUCCUAGUUGCAUUCAUGCUAUAUAGAAUGAAGAAAAAAGAUGAAGGAAGUUAUUCAUUGGAUGAGCCAAAGCAAUCGAAUGGAGGCUAUCAAAAACCACAUAAGCAAGAAGAAUUCUAUGCAUGAACAAAUUGAACAAAAACUAAAGACCGUUUUCUUAUUCCUGGACAUCAUGAGUUCUCGCAUUUUUAAAGGGGGGAAAACUAAAAGCCAUAAGACUGAAUCUAAGGCUCUGCCUCCUUGUCAUUGGGAACCAUAAUUUCUCCAAAGUCAAUCGGGAUUAAUAAAAACCUUACCUGCUUUCUUGCACAAAGAUUACCUGUAAAGUGGGACUUCCUAUCUUGUCUAAAGACUCCUAGGGGAAGAUAAGGAAUCAACUGUAUAUAAUCUUGAUGUCUUAUGAACGCACCAAGGAAUUCGUAUGGUACAAUAUGUGUGUUGUCAAAGAUACUCCCCCCCCCCUCGUCCCCAGCAAAAUUGGCUAGCCACAUUUUAGAAAAUAAUCUUUUUAAAGACAACGGUGUGGCUUUUGGCAGUUAUUUUCCCCAUUUCAGCCAUUAAUGCUAGGUCCCUGAAUAAGCAAAUAGCGCGGGAAGCCCGCUUGAAAAAUUACAGAUCUGACCAAAGGGGUGGAGUUCUUUAAUAGGAGUAUGAUUCCACUAGAGCUCAGUGGGAGAAAUGGUGUAACACCGAUGCUUCAAAUUCUGAAGCAAACACAUUGGGAAGUAGAUAUUUAAGACAUUCACACUUUUCCUCUUCUUUUGAUCUUACUGCAAUAUCUCUGCUGCUCGCUGCACAAAACCCCCACGUCAGUCCUAGUAUCGGGACCAGUACUUUUUUCUUUACCUCUUCUGCACUGAGUUGUUGGUAAUGGCUUCUCCACUGCCGCCUUGAAUCUUCUCUCACAUAGUACUUAGAAUGCCAGGUGCAGCCUGCAACAUACAGGACAAAGCAUGCCAAGGCUAAUGAGGAUUCCUGUUUCUGCCAAAUCUCAAGGAUUUGAAUCGUAUUAGAUUGGGGUUUGCAGUAGGAAUUCAGGGAGCACACCUUUUGGCAUGCAGGGCCUAGGGGAAUAUGUACAUGGGUGAUGACUUUUAUCUCGGUCCAACCGAGAACAUUAAUAAGAGAUUUUGAAGUUCAAAUAUAUUCAGAAAUUAUUCUGUGUAGAAGAGGGAGGUAAGAAUGGAUUGUGUGCCUUCAUCACUUUUGUGUAGCCCAAAUUGCUCAGUUUUGUAUCACUAGGAUCUAAUCAAAGAAUGUUGGCACUUCUGAACCAGUAUUUAAACGUGUUCACCGUGUUUGGAAAAGACGAUGAUCUCUCCUAAGCAGGCAGAUUUCUGUUUAGAAUAAAGAAGCAUAGAUGUAUUAUUUCCGUAAUGCACAGGAGGAUUAUAUGGAUGUGAAUAAUCUAUACCGCAAUGUUUUGUAGAGGUUCUGGGUUUAUAAGAAAACACUUGCAUCCAAUUUAGGCUCUUUGUUUCAUCAUUUACAACUGUUGGUUUGCAAUAUAUUUUCUGCUUCUAGCAAAGUUUAGAUAAAAGGGUGGGCUACACUAGUGCACUGUGAGGAAAUAUGGAAUGCUAAACUGGAGUAAAUAUUUCAGAAAGGGCAUAAUUGUGAGCUGCUGCCCACUGCACAUUUGGUGCCUUUCUUAUCUCUUCCUGCUGAAAAUACCCUUGAUGGGUUACAAAUUUCAGUGAGUGAAAACAGGCUGUCAGCUUCUUACAGUACCAAGAAACUAUAUAGUGAAGUUUUAAGUGAUGUGUCCUUUUUAUGUAUGGAAAAUAUGAUCAUUGACUUUCUCAGACAUAGGAAACACUUCUCUUUUUCAAGCAAAGAAUAAAACUCAUGGUUUUUUUUUGAAUGGUCAAACUUGAAAAUAGAAUCUGGAAACUAAAUAGUAAAAUCAGUUGCUGUUUUGUUUGGGUUUUUUGUUUUUUUUUUGUAUUUCACAACCAUACACAUGCAAUAAAAAGGCAGUCGGUCAAAAUAA